UUUCUUUGCACAUGUGUGUAAGCUUAAUGGGAUAAUGGGUAUGGAAGUAUUAUGUCAACUAUAAAGCCUUUUAAAAUGUGAAGUGUUAUUUGUGAUAGCAGAGAGAGUAGAAGCUUUAUUUGUUGACUUUCUCUUAUGUCUUUCAGCAGAAAUUUGCCAUGGGGGACAAGGGAGGAGACAACCAUUCAGAAGUGACGGACUUCAUUCUUGCAGGCAUCAGGGUCCGCCCAGAGCUCCACAUUCUCCUCUUCCUGCUGUUCCUGACUGUUUAUGGGAUGGUCCUUCUGGGGAACCUUAGCAUGACUGGCAUCAUUGUGACUGAUCCCCGGCUGAACACACCAAUGUAUUUCUUCCUAGGCAACCUCUCUGUCAUUGACCUCUCCUACUCCACUGUCAUUGUACCCAAGGCCAUGGUCAACAUCCUGUCUCAGAAAAAGACCAUAUCCUUUGCAGGUUGUGUUGCUCAGCUGUUCCUUUAUGCACUUUUCAUGGUAACAGAGGCCUUUGUCCUGGCAGCCAUGGCCUAUGACCGCUUCAUUGCCAUCUGCAAUCCUCUACUCUAUACUGUCCGCAUGUCAAGAAGCCUCUGUAUCCAGCUGGUGGCUGGUUCCUACCUCUGUGGCUGGGUCAGUUCCAUUCUUCAAAUCAGUGUAACAUUCUCAAUGUCCUUCUGUGCCUCUCGAGUCAUUGAUCACUUCUACUGUGAUUCAAACCCAAUUGAGAAGAUCUCCUGUUCCAAUAUCUUUAUCAAUAAGAUGGUGUCACUUAGUUUGGCCGUCCUCAUUAUUUUGCCCACGAUAGUUGUGAUUGCUGUAUCUUACAUGUACAUUGUGUCCACAGUUUUAAAGAUCCGCUCCAGUGAAGGGAGAAAGAAAGCCUUCUCCACCUGCAGCUCCCAUCUGGGGGUUGUAACUCUGCUUUAUGGGACUGUCUCCUUUGUGUAUCUCACGCCUCCAAAUAACCCGGAACUUCGUAAAGUGGCUUCAGUGUGUUACAUUUUAUUCACACCUAUGCUGAACCCUUUAAUCUACUCUCUAAGAAACAAGGAUGUUAAAGAUGCCAUGAGAAAAGUCCUCUGGAAGAAAAAAGUUUUACUCUAAAUGUGCUUCUACUUGUUUACUGUUUCUUGCAU